GCUCUGGUACAUUUCGCCCUUGAUCGUAUCCUUCCGAGUGGGGCAGAUAACCCCGCCAAAUGCUUCGACACCCUCUCAAUUCAACAGCGCAUCUUGGUCGGAAUCUCCCUGUUGAUGACCUUGACACCGCUCUGGUCAGCCAUGAUCGAUGGAAUUCCCAUGAUGGAGCCGAGGCGGUUUGCCCCGGUUUCUGACACCUCUGAGUGAUUGAGUAGCGCACUACCGCUCAUCUCCAGAUUUCUCGAGGCGGGAUAGUAUAUAGAAGCCGCCGUCGCUGUCCUUUCAUACUUAGGAACAAUACAAAGAAUACUCUCUCUUUUAUUUUCGAUCCGUUGUUGAAUCAUACAGGAGAAGUGCGGCAAGAAUGGCACCAUCAGCAAUCUCGGACAAGCCCAAGGUGCUUGCGUUUACCUACCCUGAAUGUGCUGGUGAAGAAUACAUGAAGGAAUUUAAGGCCAAAUUCCAAUUCGAUGUAUUGGAAGCAACUACACGAGAAGAGGUCAUCCGCAAAGUGCCCGAAAAGGUCGCUUCUUCCGGUCCGUACGACGCUCUUCUGAUCCGUAUGGGCACAAAGCCUUACGAGCCUUUCGAUGCCGAACUGCUUCAAGGUCUGCUUCCGGGUUGCAAGAUUAUGGUUUCUGGUUCGGCGGGUUACAAUGAAUUCGACGUGGACUGGAUGACUAAGAACGGGGUGAUCUUCUGUAAUACUCGAAAUGCUGUCUCGGAGGCUACAGCAGACAUGGCAAUCUUUUUGAUGCUGGCCGUUUUGAAGGAUGCUACACGGGCGGAGAACUCUGCACGGACAGGGAAAUGGAGACACGACCAUUCUCCAACUGUCGACCCAAGCGGGUUGACCUUGGGUAUUAUUGGGAUGGGAAGCAUUGGCAAGCAUUUGGCGCAUAAAGCUGCUGUGUUCAAUAUGAAGGUUCAAUAUUACAAUAGGAACCAACUUUCUGCAAAGGAGGAGUCUCGCUAUGGUGCGGCGUAUUGCGCGAGACUGAAUGAGCUGCUUUCAACCUCCGACGUCAUCUCGGUCAAUUGUCCUCUUAAUGACGCGACCACUAAGAUGAUCUCUCACGAGCAAUUUGCGAAGAUGAAGGAUGGUGUCUUUUUCGUCAACACUGCUCGUGGACCCAUCGUUGACGAAGAUGCACUCAUUGAAGCAAUGGAGACUGGAAAGGUCCGACGUGCAGGCUUGGAUGUCUUUGAAGAGGAACCGGAGAUCAAGCAAUACUUCAUUGAUAGCGACCGCUGCACCCUCCAACCCCAUCUUGGAGGUCUCACGAAUGCGUCAUGGCAAAGAGCGGAGCUGGAAUGUUUGGAAAACAUAAGGUCUUUCUUGGAAACUGGAAAGGCUAUUUCGCCAGUGAACGAAAACGAAGUCUAAGGCUUUACCCUGCAUGGCUGAUGUCGUAUGUAUAUAGAACACACAGUUGUGUCACUUUGAGAGCAUGGAUACUGGCGUCGAUUGUUUACGUCCUUGUUUUUGUUAUCAACCCGUUAACUAACGCUUGUGUAGAUAUUGGAUAGACGAUGAAUUUUAAUUUCUAUACAUUUAUACAUUUUACUUCACAAGGUGC